UUCGUAUCGUCGUAUGCGUUACCAUCUCAUCCUUUUGUUUAAGCUUUGUUUAUAUGAUGUCGAUGUUUUUUUAUUGAACUAAAAAAUCAAUUUUAAAUUGAUAAAUCGUUUAAUCAUUUCAUAGACUUAAUGAGUAACUGGAGAAAGCCAGUUAUGGAAGCCAAGAAACCAUUACCAGUACCAUUGCCUGUGAUGUCUCAGAAGGGAAUACUUAGAGAAGACCGCUCACACUAAUUUUAAGCCUGGAUCUUUGUGUUGGGCAAGAUUAGAUGCUGCACGAAUAUGGCCAGCUGUGGUUAUGGAGCCUACUCUUCUAGAUUUUCAGAGAUAUCCUGUGUUAAGUACUGAAGUUUUAAUUUUUGUCAACUUCCUUGUUGUUGAUUACCAUGCAUUUGUUCCUGAAACAGAGAUUUGGGAUUAUCGAACUGGUGCAGAGAUGUUUUCUAGGACCAAUGCAGCUAGAACUAAAGCUCUAACACAAGCAGUAAAUAAAUUAAAAGGAAUGUCUGAACUUCCUUCUAAUACAAGUGUUGGUGAUUCCAAUCAUGAUGAGUCUGAGCAAACAAGUGGAAAUGAAGUAGAUGUUUAUGAAUUUCAUAAUGAGGAUGCCUUAAGUUCUGAUGAACAAAUAACCCCAUUCUCCCAAGCUGGGCGCAAAACAAACUCAACUGUUCAAGAUUUACAAUCAAGUCAACUCAAUUAUCUUGAACCGAAAGUUGUACUGGAAAGACAUAUUGGAGAUGAGUAUGCUCAAAAAGAUAGAUCUGUCAAAACCAUUGGAAGAGAAGAGAAUCUUACAAAAAAAGAAUCAAAUACAAAGAUUAAAAAACAUAAUCAGCAAGGUAAGAAGACAAAAGACAAAGGGAAAGCAAAGGAGUUACCGAAAGAAAAAAAUGAUAAGAAAAUAAAGAAAAGGAAGGCUGAGAAAACUGAGCAAAAAAUCAAAGAACCGGUAGAAAAUGCCAAAAAGGUAGUUAAGAAAAAGAAAGUUGAAAAGAAAAAGAGCAUAGAAGUACAAGCAGAAAAAGCUGUAGAAGAACCAGCAGAAAAAGCUGAAGAAGAACCAGCGGAAAAAGCUGAAGAAGAACCAGCAGAAAAAACUGCAGAAGAACCCGAGAAAACAAAUAUGGAAAGAGACUUAGAACCUGCAAGUGAAGAGAUAAGGGCUGAAAAACGUCGGUCUGGUCGAGCAAUACGUAAAUUUGAACCAUAUCAAGUUAAACCUAAAGAAAAGAAGCCACGAGAAAAGAAGAAUCCCAAGUCAAAAGUUAAAAUUCAAAACAAAAGAAAUAGUCAUACAGCACAAAGUGUUCUCAACUCUUUCCAGGAAAGCAGAGCUGUUGAAGCACCUCAAUUACGAAUUUCUUUAUUGAACAUGCCAGAUCGUAGUGUUGGUGAUUCCAAUCAUGAAGAUUCUGAUCAAACAAGUGGAAAUGAAGUAGAUGUUUAUGAAUUUCCCAGUGAAGAUGCAUUAAGUUCUGAUGAACAAAUAACCCCAUUCUUCCAAGCCGGGCGCAAAACAAACUCAACUGUUCAAGAUUUACAAACAAGUCAACUUAAUUGUCUUGAACCGAUAGUUGUACUGGAGAGACAUAUUGGAGAUGAGUAUGCUCAAAAAGAUAAAUCUGUGAAAACCAUUGGAAGAGAAGAGAAUCUUACAAAAAGAGAAUCAAAUACAAAGAUUAAAAAACAUAAUCUGCAAGGUAAGAAGACAAAAGACAAAGGGAAAGCAAAGGAGUUUCCGAAAGAAAAAAAUGAUAAAGUAAAGAAAAGAAAGGCUGAGAAGACUGAGCAAAAAAUCAAAGAACCGGUUGAAAAUGCCAAACAGAUAGUUAAGAAAAAGAAAGUUGAAAAGAAAAAAAGCAUAGAAGAACAAGCAGAAAAAGCUGUAGAAGAACCAGCAGAAGCUGAAGAAGAAUUAGCAGAAGAAGCUGAAGAAGAAUUAGCAGAAGAAGCUGCAGAAGAAUUAGCAGAAGAAGCUGAAGAACUAGCAGAAGAAGCUGAAGAAGAACUAGCAGAAGAAGCUGAAGAAGAACUAGCAGAAGAAGCUGAAGAAGAACUGGCAGAAGAAGCUGAAGAAGAACUAGCAGAAGAAGCUGAAGAAGAACCCGAGAAAACAAAUAUGGAAAAAGACUUAGACCCUGCAAGUGAAGAGAUAAGGGAUGAAAAUCAUCAAUCUGGUCGAGGAAUACGUAAAUUCAAACCAUAUCAAGUUAAACCUAAAGAAAAGAAGCCACGAGAAAAGAAGAAUCCCAAGUCAAAAGUUAAAAUUCAAAACAAAAGAAAUAGUCAUACAGCACAAAGUGUUCUCAACUCUUUCCAGGAAAGCAGAGCUGUUGAAGCACCUCAAUUACGAAUUUCUUUAUUGAACAUGCCAGAUCACGUAAUUGAAGUAUUCAGACGCGAUGGAGAACAACAGGAGCCAUCUGAUGCAAAGUUUGGAUUUAUGGGCUUAGGUACAUUCGGCAAACGCUUAGCCACCAAACUGUUACUUAGUUUUCACAAAGUGUACUUAUGGGAUAAAGCAGAAUGGAAGGCAAAAAAACUAGUUGACGACAUCUGUAAGAAUGGUUUCUUUGAAGAUGCAUCACUAUUGUGCAAGAGUUCUCCUGAGGAAUUAGUAAAAGAAUGUGAUAUCAUUUUUGUCUGUGUGUCUGAUUUUCGUACUAUAGAAUGUACUUUACAUGAAUAUCGUGGAUUUUUUCCAGCUUUAAAAGAUAAAGGUGUGGUUAAUUUUACAACAAUGACUUCUGCCAACUCUGAGAGAUUUAAAAAGAAAGUUGAAAAAUUUGGUGGCAGAUACCUUACAGUAGGGUUUCAUGAAAGCACAGAAGAUCCUCAAGCAGAUAAAUUUCAAGCCAUUGUUUCAGGAGAUGAAAAGUUGCUUGCUGAUUGUCUAACAUGCUUAGCAGCUAUCUCGAAUACCAUCUAUUAUGUGGAUUCUUCAUCAUUGGCCGCUGACGUAGCGAAAUUAUUGGAUGUUUUUACUCCCUCUUUCAGUGUUUCUUGUUCAACAUUCCUUUCUGUGGGCAGAAGUCAUAACGUGGAGCCCUCAUUUUUACUGCCAUCUUAUGAUGUAUAUGUCAGAAAUCCGGAACCAGUGGCUGUGAACAAUUCAAAUAGAUCAAAAAGAAAUACUCCUCAUUUGUGCAAUUAUUUAUCACCAAAAGUUAUAUCUGAACGCCUGCAAACUGUUGUGGACCAAGUGAAUAAUUUAGAAGUGUUUCCAAUGAUUGAGACAUUAAAUGAGAUGUAUAAAGGCCAUAAAGAGUGAUAAUGCAACAGAUUGUUUUCAACUUUCAUCACUUCAACAUCAUUUUCUUACAAUGGGACACAUUUUUUUAAAUAAUGCUCA